CGGUGACCGUAGCUAGGAAAGGGGUGUAACACUUUCAAAAUGUUGUGCAAGCUGGUCCGAGUAACAGUUUAGAAACCGACAAGAAUAAAGAAAGCAUCGCUCCUGAGUCGCUGCCAACUUUAUGAGCCCUGUCUUCAUCAUGAACAAGGACGAUCUGAUACUACCGAAGGAUUUCCCUCAGUUGCAGAAUGACACUUUCCUGCGUGCAGCCCGAGGAGAAGAGACACAACACAUCCCAGUCUGGUGUAUGAGACAGGCCGGACGAUACCUACCCGAGUUCCGCGAGUUCAGAGCAGGAAAGGAUUUCUUUGACACGUGUCGCUCUCCAGAGGCUUGCUGUGAGCUCACUCUGCAGCCUCUGAGACGUUUUCCCUUCGAUGCUGCCAUCAUCUUCUCUGACAUCCUGGUGAUCCCACAGGCCAUGGGUAUGGAUGUCCAAAUGGUGUCUGGCAAAGGUCCCACAUUCACAGCACCUCUGAAGGAGCCCGAAGACCUCCAGCUUCUGCAGGCCAAAGUGGACGUCAACAAGGAGCUUGGCUACGUCUUCAAGGCCAUCACGCUGACCCGGCACAAAAUUGAGGGCAAGGUGCCCCUCAUCGGAUUUACCGGGGCACCAUGGACGCUCAUGUCCUACAUGAUCGAAGGCGGAGGCUCUGCCACCCAGUCUAAAGCGAAGCGUUGGUUGUACCGCCACCCUGAGUCCAGCCACAUGUUACUGAGGAUGCUGACUGAUGUCAUAGUGGAGUAUCUGCUGGGACAGGUUGCUGCCGGGGCACAGGCUCUUCAGGUGUUUGAGUCUCAUGCCGGCAUUUUGGGACCAGUAGAGUUUAAAGAAUUCGCUCUGCCUUACCUUCGAGACAUCGCUCGUAGGGUCAAAGACAAGAUGAAGGCAGCAGGGAACGAUGUACCAAUGAUUGUGUUUGCAAAGGAUGGCCACUAUGCUCUAGAGGACUUGUCUCAGUCUAACUAUGAGGUAGUUGGGUUGGACUGGACCAUUGACCCACGAUCAGCACGGGAACGUACAGGAGGGAAGGUCAGCCUACAGGGAAACAUGGACCCCUGCGCUCUCUAUGCUCCUAAGGAGCGCAUAUCAGACAUAGUGAAGAAGAUGCUGGAGGGUUUCAGUACCAGGGGCUACAUCGCCAACCUGGGCCACGGCCUGUACCCCGACAUGGACCCGGAAAGCGUGGGCGCGUUUGUCGAGGCGGUACACACACACUCUCGCCGGAUGACCAAGCAGCUGUGAAGAUGUUAACUUGAAUACUGAAAUGUGAACACAGACACGUGCUUUCCAGCAAAGAUGUCAAAAAUAAUCACUUAUGGUAGAUUGUAUACAAGGCUGACACAACCAUGUACAGUGAUGAGAUAAUUAAUGUAUACAGUGUGACAUAAGAGGUUAUGAAUGAUAAUUAUGAUGUAUUGUUACUAGAAAGGACAGCGUUAGGAAGGAGCUUGUAUCUGUUGACCUAAAAAACAAAUGUACUAACAUACAAAGCACAGCAAAACGUAACGGAACCAUUUUUCUUUUUUAGUAAUUUGAGGAAAGGGCAAGGUGAUUUUUUCCCCCCCAAUUGUCAUCUUGGCAUUUUCAUGUUUCAGAUAUACAUUUUCAUUAAGUUUGAUGGCUACCGGGGUCAUGAAACAUGUAGGUGUGGAAGACGAUGUCAGGUGUCCAUUCAGUGACAUAAAAUAGAUUAAACAGAAAAUCGGGCAGUGAAAGAUGCUGCUGAUGAACGAAGCAAAGGGCUCAGCAGUACCAGCAUGACAGUCGUGUAGGACGCUCACACCAAAGUGUAUUUAUUUGGACUUUUUUCAUACAUUUUCUCACCUGUGUGGUAUUUUAAGAUUAAAUAGAUAAAAGGAUAAAAUGAUGGAUUUUUUUUUUCUAGACAAUCUGGUUUAUCUCUUGUGUCUUGUCGGGUUGUUUCUCAGAAUGUUGGUUUUUCAAGUUCAAAAAACAAAAUGUUUUUCUCCCGAAAAGCUUUGAUAUGAAAAUAAAGCCUGUAUCGUGAGAAACGCCCGAUCAAUUAUUGAUUCUAACUUCAAGACAAAUGAAUAUUAAUGGGACAGUGUGUGUUUGCUGCCUAGCAUCCCUGGUUUUAACCUGGAAGAAGUCUCUCACUGCGUUCAUCUGUUCUUCCAUGGGGGAAGCAAGUACAAGAAGACGCCUUUAUACUGGUUUUAUUUAUGUUGUACAUCACUUUUAAUUUUCCUUCCUUUAAACUUCAUCUUUUCAGAUGCACUAUGGGGACGGUGGGGAAUUUGUUUGUGUGAUUUGAGUUACUACACCGUACUACAACAACUGUUUUUUCUGAAUAUUAAAUGCUGGCGGACGAAAACAAAUGGGUUGUAAUAAGACUUAUUGUUUCUUUGUAUUUCAAAUAAAGAGGUCAA